ACAGGUGGCACUACCCGUCCCACCACUGUCUGUGCCUACAAAACAACACAAUCAUUCACUCACUGAGUCUCACGACAAGACACCAACGAAGUCACACUUAAUUGAUUCACUUCUUGCACCACUCAUUGUCUGCUCAUUAUCUGUGAUUGUAUUGACAUCUGAGUGGCGAUGGGUUCAAAGAUGGCUCAGACGAGUUGGGAAAUGGCCAACAGUGUGGAGACCAUACAAUCCAUUGAUGAGAUCUACAAAUACAACCGCAAACAACAACAAGACAUCCUCACAGCCAAGCCAUGGGAGAAGGACCCGCACUAUUUCAAAGACAUACGCGUGAGUGCAUUGGCGCUGUUGAAGAUGGUAAUGCACGCCAGAAGUGGUGGCACUCUGGAGGUGAUGGGCCUGUUGUUGGGCAAAGUGGACGCCAACACAAUGAUAGCCAUGGAUUCGUUUGCACUGCCCGUGGAGGGCACUGAGACGCGAGUGAAUGCCCAGGCACAGGCGUAUGAAUAUAUGGCCGCUUACACCGAGUCGGCCAAACAGGUCGGCCGACUCGAGAACGUGAUCGGUUGGUAUCACUCCCACCCGGGCUAUGGGUGUUGGCUGUCGGGCAUCGAUGUGUCCACUCAGAUGCUUAACCAACAAUUUCAGGAGCCAUUCGUGGCUAUAGUGAUAGAUCCGGUGCGAACCAUAUCAGCCGGUAAAGUGAAUUUGGGUGCCUUUCGCACUUACCCUAAAGGCUAUAAACCUCCCGAUGAGGGCCCCUCUGAAUACCAAACGAUUCCUCUCAACAAAAUUGAAGACUUUGGCGUUCAUUGCAAACAAUACUACUCUCUGGACGUCUCGUACUUCAAGUCACUACUGGACCACCGAUUGCUCGACUCCUUGUGGGAUAAGUAUUGGGUUCACACACUUAGCUCUUCCAGUCUUCUCACGAACUCGGACUACACGACGGGUCAGAUAUUCGACUUGUCGGACAAACUGGAGUACUCGGAGUCCCAGUUAGGACGCGGAGGGUUUAUGCUUGGGUUGGAUCCGCACGAGAAGAGGACCGAAGACAAGCUGUCGAAGGCGGCCAAAGACAGCUGUAAGACCACUAUAGAAGCCAUUCACGGACUCAUGUCUCAGAUCGUUAAGGACACGCUCUUCAAUAAAGUGGUUCCUUAGCUCUACUCAACUCUCAUCGCUAUUUCUAUUUGUAUUUAUGACUCGAAUCCAC